UCACUUCCUUGACCCGCACUUGCGGUAAAGUCUGUACAUUCCGACUAGUUUAAAUGGAUACUAGUCUGCAGAUAUCGACUGGUUUAAAUGGUACCAGUCUGCAGAUUGCGACUAGUUUAAAUGGGUACUAGUCUCAUCAUCAGUCAUCAAGUUGUGUUGCGCUAGUGAUGGUUUGCAGAGAUUAGUGGUUCUGGGUUGUUUGGUUUCAAGGGUGAUGCGCGAUCCAUUCCUCGUCUGUCGGGCUGGAUUUGUCAAGCCGGGUUGGUUCGCUUACCUCUUCUUUCCUCCAUAGCUGCAUCAUGUUUCAAUUCGAGCCCCGUGUCCACUGUGGGCAGCUCGAUUUGCAGCGCCACAAUCAAUCGCAUGUGACCAAAGCUAAAAUUAGGUGUCAAUCUGAGGCACUGAAGUGUGGUACUCCGCCGAAAGGCAAAACAAUUUCUAGCCUCACCGGGGUUCCCUGCAGUGUUCCACGAACACCACUGUUUGCUGGGCCUUCAGACAGGUGGGGGAAAUCGAAAGCAGUACAAAAAAGGCCUAGAGAUGAAUCUGUUCAGAAGGUCGUAAAACAAGAGCAGGCAGAGGGGGACAGUUUGGGAGGAAAGCGACCCACUCUUACAAAGGUUUGCUCCGUCGUUACCACUGCAGAGGGUUGUAGCAGGUCAAAUUCCCCCGUCAGAGAAUCUGGAAGUGAACAAAAAAUUGUCGAUACCUCACCCGAUAAUAUCCUCAAUAACUCACCGUCCUCGGGAAAUGCCGCCAUGGAUUACGUUAGCGCUGAUGAACCCACCAUUUCAUGUCCUGAAGCGGCAGACAGCGAUUCUGCGAGGGCGGUGGGAAAAUAUGGCAAUGGAACAGCUUCAUUAGAUGGCACAGAUUUAUUAACUGUCAUCAGCCCUGACGACCUAGGUCCUCAAUCUUUUCGCGAUGAAUUGGACAGAUGUUGGAACAGCGAUUGGGCGAGGGCGGUGGAGGACAGUCGCGAUGUCACAGAUACAAUUUUUGCCACAGAUUUUCAAGCUGAUAAAUGGGACAGCAAUCCGCCAGGAAUUGAGGAUUCAGGGGACGGAUGUAGUGUACAGGAAAUUGGCGACAGUUGGUUUUCACAGGCAUUAACAGACUUCCCUACAUUGCUCCCCUCGAGUUUUUGCGAGGCCAUGGCCGAUGAUGUUCCGACAGAGUGGGAAUGCAUACCAGAGGACUUGAGGAGCAAAGUCCUCCAAAGACUGGAAAUGGAGGAUCUGUUUCGUUUUAAAGGGGUCACAAAAUCAUCCAGAAAUCACAUUGAGAGUGAUGAAUUUUCUCACUUGCGCGGCGGAACUUACCCAUCUGAAGGGUCAUUCACGGCGAUCAGUUUCUUCCUGAAGGACAAGGCAUGGCAAUGGAUUGGGCUCGACAUAAAAUCAAAGCACUGGAGAAGAUUGCCCACACUUUCUUGCCUUCCAGCCCCCGAUUUCGACCUCUUCAAAGAAUAUUCGGUGGCAGGAGCUUCUGGCCUUAUGUGCGUGAAUGUUUCCAAGUCCUCAAAGAUGGAGGAGAUUGUAGUUUUCAACCCGUUGACUGGCAAGAAAAAGGUGUUACCACCCCUAACCCACCGGAGAAACCCGGUGCUCCUGCACGUGUCGGUAGACUCUGAAACCAAAACGUACAAGGUCAUAGCUGCAGGGAGUUCGAGCGAAAGGGAUGGGGGUCUCUCACGUCGAAUAGAAGUAUUCGACUCUCGCACAUCCAAGUGGGAAUUGCGACACGACCUCCCAACAUGCGAGUUCGGACUGAACGAGAAUCAGACUGGUGUUUAUGUAGACGGAAUCCUAUACUUCGUGGCACAUUUGGAAAAAGGUGCUGGACGAGGAAUUCUAGCGUAUGAUGUGGAGAAGGAUACUUGGUCGAAGGAACGAACUUGUCCUAUCCCAUCAGCCAAGGAUUCAAAUGUCCUGCAACUUGUAGAGAAUAGUGGAAACGUGUAUUUGUUCUCAGAGCAAGAAUGCCAGCGUGUAGUCACGCAUUGCAUCGAUGCUCUUGUGAAAUCCGAUACCAAUGAUGGUGGUGCGAAAUGGCAUCUGAAGAAUGUGAUUAGGGUGAAGAGUCGUAGUGGGCGGGGCUUGCAAGUGUACCCAGAGUAUAUGUGUUGCGGUUACGGGCCAGGCAAGCUCGUCAUCUUCAACACGCUGCGUCGCGACGGUGUGGUCUACGACGUAGAAACUCGGAUGCAGUGUGAGACGUUGCAAGCGCCGCCUGCCAUUCAUUCUGGGGACAAAUUCUUUAGUUUGAAUCCUUUGUCGUUCACUCUGCAACCGAGCUUUGCUUCGGAUAAUCUAAUAUAAAAUUGUGCACAACGGUUUAUGCAAAAUUGUGCGAUCCAUAAUCAAA